AUAAAUGAAACUUUAUCUAACUUUCCCCCGUCUGCAACUGCUGGAUGGAGUUAGCCCGGCCCAUCUGGUGCAGCAAAUGGCCCAACUCACCAGGGAGUAAGGGGAGUGAGAGAGGGGGAGAUGGUAAAGGGGGGGAAGGAGAGAGAAGGGGGGUCGGAUUGAAAACAGAUCAGCAGCCUGAAGAUCUCAACACCACCGCAUGUCUCUGCAACAACUGUCGAGCGAAGCCAAACAGCUUUGAGUUCCAAACUUUUACGCAUACUCAAGAGAAAUAACAAAGCUUUUUACGCGUCUUGUUAGUUUGCUGAAAAGCGCGCAAAGCACGCACACAAGAGCGCACCUCUUGGAGAAGAUGGAUUGUAAGAAAAAGUUAGACUCGACUUCUGCUCCGCACUGAAUCGCUCUCCGGGAUAGAGGAGGUGGUAAUGCCGUGCAAACUUUGAGUGUCUCAAAACUUUUUCUUAACUCGGUUCAUGGAGCUUCGCGUCAAGUCUAGAGAGGCUCGUUUGCGCGUUUUGCGUUCACUGGUGGUGCCAGCCCAGUCCUAGUUUACGGGAAUCAGACUCCAGGCAAAGUUUUCCUCGGACAAAAAGGGUGAGUGGAAGAGCCUCGGUUUCGAAGUGAAAGGAGACGGCAGAGAAGGUUGUGACGUAAAUUGAAGAGCAGCAUGGAGACUUCAGCUCCAACAGCCACUGAGAAGAAGGAGUGUAAGGGUUCAGGUCUGGAUGGAAGCAGCUUCUCAGAAAUCCCAAAGAAGCCCUCACCCACCACUCUGACCAGAGGUGCCCACCACCUCUUCCCAACGUUUCACACGCCCAUCCCAAUUGACAUGAGACACCAUGAGGGGCGAUACCAUUAUGAGCCACACCCACUCCAUGCCAUGCAUGGACCUCCAGGACUGACGGGCAGUCCAGUCAUCUCAGAUAUUUCCCUGAUCCGUCUGUCACCCCACGCAGCGCCAGGGACGGGUGAGUCACCGUUCAGCCCUCCGCAUCCUUACGUCAGCCCUCACAUGGAGCACUACCUACGCUCGGUACAUGGCAGCCCCACCCUCUCCAUGAUCUCAGCGGCCCGAGGGCUGAGCCCUGCUGAAGUGACCCAUGAACACCUGAAGGACCGUGCCUUGUUCAGUCUUCCCCCUCCACCACCAGGGGCCAACCCCACAGAGUACUACCACCUGAUGGCCAGUGCCAGCCAGCGAAGUCCCUACGGUGACCUGCUGAUGCAGAGCAGUGCAGCAGCGGCCGCAGCAGCAGCAGCAGCAGCAGCAGCUCAUCUACCAGAUUACAUCAGCCCUGUGGAUGUGUCACGUUUCUCCAGCCCACGGCUAACACCCCGACUGAGCAGGAAGAGGGCGCUGUCUAUUUCCCCACUGUCAGAUGCCAGCAUUGACCUGCAGACCAUGAUCCGCACCUCACCCAAUUCCCUGGUGGCCUACAUCAACAACUCCCGCUCCAGCUCAGCUGCCAGCAGCUCCUAUGGACACCUUUCAGUCGGAGGGAUCAGUCCCUCGUUCAGCUUCCCUCACCCCAUCAACCCUGUGGCAUACCAGCAGCUGUUGUCCCAGCAGAGGAGUCUCAAUGCCUUCGGCCACACACCUCCUCUCAUUCAACCAUCGCCAUCCUCUUUCUCUGCUCGCCAACACCCCCUCACGGCUUCACCUAUGUCCACCUCCCACAACAGCUCCAACUCUGAGGCAAACCAGAAUGCCAGCGGAGACCCAGCAGUGAGUAGCACAGUCAACCCAUUGAACACCAAGAGGUCAAAGGUUAAGACAGAAGCAGAGGGUCCGCUGCCCAUCUCACCAUCCUCUCAGGACCAUGGUGGGGGGAUCUUGGACCUGAGUGAGGAUCUGGAUAAAGAUGAGUGCAAACAGGAGCCUGAGGCCAUAUAUGAGACCAACUGCCACUGGGAGGGCUGUACCAAGGAGUAUGACACCCAGGACCAACUUGUUCAUCACAUCAACAACGACCACAUCCAUGGUGAGAAGAAAGAGUUUGUGUGUCGCUGGCAGGAGUGUUCACGGGAGCAGAAGCCCUUCAAGGCUCAGUACAUGCUGGUGGUCCACAUGAGGCGUCACACAGGGGAGAAGCCGCAUAAAUGCACAUUUGAGGGCUGCGCGAAAGCUUAUUCUCGCCUGGAGAACCUCAAGACCCACCUCAGGUCCCACACUGGGGAGAAGCCGUACGUGUGUGAACAUGAAGGCUGCAACAAGGCCUUCUCCAACGCCUCAGACCGGGCCAAGCACCAGAACCGCACACACUCUAAUGAGAAACCAUAUGUAUGUAAGAUCCCGGGCUGUACCAAGCGCUACACGGACCCCAGCUCUCUCAGGAAACAUGUGAAGACAGUCCACGGACCUGAAGCACAUGUCACCAAGAAACAACGAAGCGACGCACCUCCUAGACUGCAGCCACCCAAAGGCAAUGGAGAGAAUGAGGCAAAUUCCAAGCUCGCUGCAAGAGGUGUGGAUGGCAAGAUUGAGGCCAACAGCACCUCUAGAGGAGUGGAAGAUUGUCUACAAGUCAAAUCAAUCAAGACCGAGAACUCUAUGACAUAUCAGUCCAGUCCUGGCGGCCACUCGUCAUGCAGCAGUGAGCCGUCGCCUCUCAGCAGCGCCAACAACAAUGACAGUGGGGUAGAGAUGGCCAUGCACAGCGGGGGCAGCUUCGGGGACCUCAGUGCACAGGAUGAUUGCCCCAUGGUUGACUCCACUGUUCCUGUUGGGGGACAGCAGGCUGGGGUGGGGCUUCAGUUGAGGAAAGCUGUGGGUCACGGUAGCACAGUCACUAUCAAGCUGGAGAACAUCAAGAAGGAAAGGCUGAAGACAGUAAGGGACUCCUGCCCCUGGGUCAACUCUGCACCACAGCCACCACAGGGCCAACGCAAUAGCAUGAAGCUGCCUCCCAUACCUGCAGUUGGUUCCCUGCUGGAAAGCUCCAACAUGAUGAGUAAUGUCAGCGGUUCAUUACCUGGCCAACGCAUGGGUGACCUGUCUUCAUGUGAGGUAACAUUGCUGAACCAGCUGAACGAGCGUCGUGACAGCACCACCAGCACCAUCAGCUCAGCCUACACUAUGAGUCGCCGUUCCUCUGGUAUUUCACCCUGCUAUUCCAGCCGCCGCUCCAGUGAGGCAUCACAGUUUGGUGCUAACCGCCACAACAUCAGUUCGGCUGACUCCUAUGACCCAAUUUCCACUGAUCUGUCUCGCCGCUCCAGCGAGGCUAGCCAUUGUGGAGGUGGUGGUGUCAGUGGAGGAAGCGGGGGAGGUCUCCCAAGCCUCCUUAGUCUGACACCAGCUCAGCAUUAUCGACUAAAGGCAAAGUAUGCUGCUGCCAUUGGCGGAGCCCCACCUACUCCUCUCCCCAAUAUGGAUCGGAUGAGCCUGAGGACCCGCAUGGCACUCUACAGUGACUCCCAGGAAAGCUCAUCACACCCAUUCCAUCAGCCCCCCUCUGGAACUGCGCCUCGGCGAUGCAGUGAUAUUGGAUAUGGCAAUCGGAGCAUGAUGCCCCAUGAGGUACCUGGCAACCUCCCACGUCGUGCCAGUGAUCCAGUGCGUCGUCCCACAUUGGACCCUGUCUCCUUUCCAAGGGUUCAGCGUUAUAACAGCAUGAACAGCAUGAACCCCAUGAAUGGUCCUUCAGCUGAACGCCAUCAGGCACUGGCUAUGCAGGGCUACACUCGUUCCGAUGGCAGCCUGCAACGCUACCCAUUUGCUCCGAGACCACCAAGCAUUUCUGAGAAUGUAGCCAUGGAGAACAUGGCAGUAGAUGGGAUGAUGACUGGGGGGGAGCAUAAUGGGGAGGAUGACAUGGUGCUUCCAGAUGAUGUGGUGCAGUACCUUAGGUCCCAAAAUUCUGGCCCCUCAGGUCACAACUCGGGGCAAGUGGACUACCAUUCCAACAAUCAGGCUCAGGGCUACCAGACAGACAUGGCCCCACCAGCAUCAUUUUAUGCGCAGAGGAGGAUGGCCAUGGUAGAUGCCACUAUGACUCAGUCUGGUCAGGACAUGCAAUCCUGUCAGAUGGGUCCCAGUGGCUCCCAGCAGCCCUUCUCAGCACCAUCAGACAACAUGAACAAAAAUAACAUGCCGGUGCAGUGGAACGAGGUGAGCUCAGGGACUGUGGACACCACUACCAAGCUCUCCAAACAACAGCAGCAUUCUCUCAGGGGGAACCUAGCUGUUGUUCAGCAGAGGCAUAAUUUUGGUUCCUUCCAGGGACAAGGUCAGGGCCUGGGAAGCAACCAGCAGGUAGUGCCUAUGAGUCAGAAUAUGUCUAUGCAGGGGUAUGCGAACCACAAUAGCCAGAGGCUGAUGAACAUCUCCCACCAGCAGCAGAGGCAAUGCAACAGUGUGAACUUUAGUGAGCAAAUGAGUCCUCAGCAAGGGUUUGGCCAAGAGGCAAUCCCAAAUUGUAUAUCUGGGAGCACUAGCAUGAGACCUACCCGGAACAGUGUGUCAGAUCCAGAACUGCAAAGUUGCAGAGCAAGGAUACAGGCUGAUGGGUAUUCCCAUGUAAACCAAGUGAAUCAUCAGCAAAAUUACAGCGUUCUCUCCCAGCAGCAACAGCAUAAUAUCCAUAAUGGAGGCAGAGGAAUGUUACAACCCAGACCUCCCAUAGAGCCCAAGUCUUUUACCAGACAACACACUGGGCCUAGCAUGAUGCAACCAAGCCGAAUACCUAAGUCAUGUGAUUUGAUUGCCAGUCGUGGUACUAACACCUCAGAGGCAAGCCCAAAGAGGCCCAGUGGGUCAGCAGCCCACAACAACAACUCUGAAAAUCCUAACUCUGCUGUGCUCUACACAGGUCAAAUUCAUAUGAUUGAGCCAACUUCUGUCAGCUUUGAUGCCCCCAUGUCCCCCAGUGCCAGCCAGGCUCCUGCCAGCAACACCACAGCUGCAGCCAACAUGGCCUCUCCUGGAGUCAACCAUGUCUCCAGCAGUACAGUAGAUUCUUCCACUGGUGGAUCUGGUGGCACGGAGCAUGCUCAGAUUGACUUUGACACCAUGCUGGAUGAUGGGGACCACUCCAGCCUAAUGUCAGGCACCCUGAGUCCUGGCCUUUUGCAGAGCCUCUCCCAGAAUUCUUCACGUCUCACCACCCCUCGCAACUCUGUCACCCUCGCGUCUGUACCGGCAGGGAUUGGCAACAUGGCCAUUGGUGAUAUGAACUCAAUGCUCACAGCCUUGGCUGAAGAAAGCAAAUUCCUUAACAUGAUAAGCUGAGAGCAAUCAAACACCUCAUCAUCCAUCCAGUCUUAACCAUUUCUACAUCAGGAAUAUAUGGACUACACAAAGCACUGAUUAAACAAUGUAAAACUGGCUUUUUUUUUCUUUUUUUUUUUCUUUUUUUUUGUUUUGUUCAUUGUCUAUGGUUAUACGCUUAUCUUGUAAUAUUUGCUUCAGAUUAUAAUAUGUUACAUUAAAAGAAUAAUAGCAAGUAUAGCUAGGGUUAAGGACAAUUCCUAUCAAUAUUUGUUCAAAAGCCAUACAUUUUACCUACAAAUAUAUGAUACCCCAACAUAUAUAAAUGCAUCUACAAACAAUUGCCAUUCAGUAUUUGCUAAUGUAAUAGCCUUUUACAAAGUGGUGCAUCGAAAGCAGUUCACAUACACGUAGUACCAUGCUGAGGACAUGAGGAUCUGAAUACAACAUGGAAAUAGAAUUAGCAGGAAAUGGACAUGAAAUGUAGAUAACAGAUCAUAUUUUCUCACCAAGACCUUUAUGUUUAUAGAUUAUACUGUAUGGUACUUGCUUUAAGUUAUGCUAUAGACGUUUGAUGUUUAAACUAGGGCUGUCAAGUUACAGUAAUAUAUGGGCAUCUACUAUCUGUUCAUUCUUUUCUUUUUUUUUGCUUUGUGCUACCACAUACAUUAGAAAAAAAUAUUCUCACAAAGCUAAGCUGCAGUUUUCUUUACCUUUUACGUGUACAAUACAUAGACUAUAUGAAAUAAUGAAUCUAGCCAACAUGAAGUCUCCCAUUGGUUUGUGGACUCCCGUUUUGAAGCCUCAAGUUUGACAUUUUGGUCGUCACCAUCUUGGAUUUUUAGAGCCAGAAGUGAUAACCCUAAUGCUAACCGCUAGCUUGGUUAGCGUGUUGCAUUUACAUCUUUAGCUCCCUGUGAUUAUAUAAAUGCUAUUGCUGAUUUGUUUGUGUAUUUUGAGUGAACAACAGCCUUAAAACUAUUAAAACAAGAUGUAAAGCUGAACGCUUUUUUUUUUAGACAAACAAAAUGUUCCAGCUUACUUUCAUGAACUGCAAAUACACUGAAAAAGCAACAGCAACAGAGUUAAACUGUAGUUACGUUAUCUAACCGACCAUACCCUUAAUUAUGCAUAACUUUAAGCCUUAAUAAUACUCAAACAGGUGAGUUAUAUUAAAAUUCAUCCCCUCAAAUAGCUGUCAUAAAAGUUUUUUGUACCAGGCUGUAAACAUGUUUCUUUCUGCUGUAAAGUUGAGCAGAACUGCAGUUUUUGGCACUUUUAACGCUGGCCUCAUUUUUCAGCUCUGCAGGUUGCCACUUGGUACAAUAAAAUAACUAUCCUCAGACUAACCUGAAACACAAACUGGAAAAUUGUGGAAAAUGUGACCAGGGUUAAAGCUUUAUCACCUGUCUCAGAAGGACUUUUUUUUGUUGUUGUUGUUUUUAGCUUUUUAAUUUACCAUGAAACAUGUGAAUGCUUAAAGCACUGAGGUUAAUAAACAGUCACAGCCAAUAACUGCUGUUACAAUUUAUGUUUGCAUUUAAUUCAGCUAUUUUGCAGUGUAAAAGAUAAGGAAAGAAGUGCCAUUACAGGAACCUGUCUUGUACCUGAGUUUCAAUUACACCUAGAUUUUGGAACAAAGGUUUUUUGUGAAAGUGAGAUAAUCUUACUGAUAUUAAACACUAUUUCUAUGACAUUUCACAAAAUUUAGUGUGCAGUUAUUAAUACCCUUCAAACAGAAAUGUGUGACUAAUUGCAAUUCACAAAAUUAAGCAUUUGACAGCCCUAGUUUAAUCACGCAGUUGUACAACAUUGUGAUCCACAGAUAUUAAGUGUGUCUUGAUCAUGGUCUGAGCUCUUGGGGAUGGCACUGUAAAAUCAGAUUUCCUUCUUUGCCCACUGGAUCAGAGGCAUUAACUCUCCAUGGUCCUGUCUCACAAGGGUAAAUGAUUGAAAAGGACAAGGAUAUGCCUCUGUGUUAGUCUAUCAGGGCACAUGAACCCCUGUGUCUGACGAGCAGCAUUCUCUAAAAGAAUAUACAAGUACCUCUGUGUGUUCUCAGUAGAGAUCCAGUCCUAAUUAACACAUUCAUAGCACCCCCCUUCGCCGCACCCCAUACUUCCCCUGGGCUCUGGGAUGAACUGCAGAGAGUCCAGGAAGGGACACAGACUUUGAUAAUGAAAUCCUGUUCCGGACAGGACUGGCAAACUAGCCCUGCAAAUUCCUCAGUUUUAUUACGUUUGCUGAAUUUUUGAGUAGCUUUUAAAAUGUUUGUGUGUAUGCUACCAUUCACUUUUGCUAUGCUUAGUGUGUGUGGGUGUGUGUGAGUGUGUGUAUAUAGGUUUUUGUACAUUUCAA